AUGCAAGAGGAAGAUUUAUUGAACAGUACGAGUAUCGAAGGUGAAGGCCUACCAGUGGUACCGUUCCUACCACCCACAGAGGAACCCUCGUCAGCGGCAUUGGCGCUUUCUGUGGCUCUAGUCGGAUGUUUGACAGUCGCCAUAUGUGGAAAUGCUAGUCAGAUCGUUCUGCAGAUCUACACCAGACGUUUAACAUGGAAAAUCCCACCGCAGUGUUUCAUAGCAAUUCUUCUCUUCAUCAACUUUCUUGUUCCAUUAGGCUUACCGUCCGUGAUCUUGGAGAAACUCGUGCGAAUUUGGAUGUUCGGACGAUUGUCCUGUCAUGCGCAUCAUAUCCUCACAACUGCCGGACGAGUUGUCAUACCGUGGACUAUUGCAGCACUUCAUGGGUUUGUGGCACUGUCCCUCAGUCGACCGAAUCGUCUAACGCGUAUUGAAGGAGUGCUGGUAGCCAUGUCGUUUUCCUUCUUGACUCUUCUCGUUCUGCUCAUAGUCAUUCCACAGGGACUGGCUGCUGAGCUCGAACUGAUCCGUAAGGAUGAGAUCGAUAGCGAACAAUACAUCAUGCUGAUCCACACCUAUCGAUGUUACCUAAAGCCAGAAUUGUAUCCAGUGACGUAUUUGGCGAAGUUCGCUUUCGAAUUCGCUGUACCCGCUUGUGCUCUCCUGCUAUUUCCAACUACUGAUAACAUCGCGGGCCAAGUUAAAGUCGAGUAA